UGAAGUUCUACAAGGAAUGAUGGAAUUUGCAAAAGAAAUGAUAGUACCAACAACGCCUGAUUCAGUCCUAAAUUUGUCAAACCGGCAAAAACGUUUGAGAGAGAUUUUUCCGGGAGCGAUUGGAGCACUAGAUGGAACUCUUGUACACGCAAUUGUGCCCACUGAAAGGCAAACUAUUUAUAGAGGAAGAGGAGGGGGUCGGUGUUAUCAAAACGUUUUAGGAAUUUGUGAUUUCAAUAUGAUAUUCACUUUUGUUUGGGCUGGUUGGGAAGGAAUAGCACAUGAUUCUCGAGUACUAACGCAAGUUGUAUUCAAUCCUAAUUCCGGCUUUCCACUUCCUCCACAAGAUAAAUAUUAUAUAUAUGAUGCUGCGUAUGCAAACACUCGUGGAUUUUUAGCUCCAUAUCGUAA